AAAAAGCUGGUGUACAAAAAUAUGCACAAAUGGAGUCACAGUGUCACAGACCAUAGUCCAUGACACUAACAGCACCGGCUUCCCAGAAAGCCUCGAAUCUAUCUGACUGUCUCCCAAUAAGGAAACUUAGCCAACAAGAAAAGAAACCUCAGACGGUUCACAUAAUAUAUCACUCACCGUCUCUCUCUGGCUCUCUCUAUGUCCUGUAGAGCUGAGGAGGCCUCGCAUGGCUAUGUUCGAUUAGCUCGCUCUCAUCUCACUAAGCUAAAAUUUCAUCAACCAGGAAAGACCCUUUUUUUUUUUUUUUUUUUUUUUUUUUUAUAGAACGUUUAUACCAGUAAUUGUUGUGCCUAUUCUCUCCAAUUCCUCAUGCUUCUCUGCUUCUCUCCCUAACUUUUCAAUCCAAGCAAACCCCAUUUCUUACUUCGUCUUUGAUAUCCAAAAACCCAGCAUUCAAGCUCCUCAUCAAAGAAUUCAAACUGUGUAAACUUUGAUCACUCUUCAAUUCACUCCUUCCAAAAGAAAUCAACAUCUUGUAUAAUCACUAGCUUCACAGAAUCCGAAUUCUAACCCUUUGAAGCUUAAAACCUUCAUUUCAAUCUUUCCUGUUGUUGUUGUAUUUGUUCUUUGAAUUCUUGUUCUGGGUCUUGAUCAUAUUCUUUGUUUGUUCCCUCAAUUUGCUGCAAUGAGUUUCAUGAAGCCCUCCGCGUUGUAUAUGUUUCUUACCACCUACGUUUCGUUCCGGUGGAUGCCUUGCCAGAGUUGGGGGUUUCUCCGGUGGCCAGGGCUUGAUGGGUUCUUGAGGCUUUUGGUGGUUGUGCUUUUAUGGUCUAUGUUUUCAGAGAUUCGGUACAUUACCUCAAAUUCCAUGCACCCAACUCUUCGUGAACAUGAUCGGGUGAUCAUCGAAAAGGCCUCAUAUUACAUUAGAAGUCCUGCUGUACAUGAUAUUGUGACAUUCCAAGAUCCAACACAGCAACUUGGUGACAAGGAGGAAAUUGUUUUCAUAAAGAGAAUUGUUGCAAAAGCAGGAGAUUUAGUUCAGGUCAAUGGUGGAUGUCUCUAUGUCAAUGGAAUUGCUCAAAAUGAAGAUUUCAUAGCAGAGCGCCCAAGAUAUGAAUCAAAUUUAACUUAUGUGCCUAAAGGUCAUGUUUAUGUCUUGGGUGACAACAGAAACAAGAGUUAUGACUCCCAUGAUUGGGGGCCCCUUCCGGUCAAAAACAUUGUUGGAAGAUAUGUCAUGUGUUGUUACAGACCUUCAGAGAGUUGAUGAUGGAAACAGUCUGCAGCCAUUUAAACUCUAACAAGCUUUGGCAGAUUAGAUGAGGACAUUGUUAGAAGUCUGUGUGCUUUUACAUUGAUGGAGUUACUGCUUAUUUGCCUCCAGCGGCUAAUUUUAUGGUUCUGGAAUUGUUCACUAAAAACUUGCAUGAUUUUAAACUGCUGAAUGUGGAUGCGCUUUACCCUUGAAUAAUGUACAAAAAAUGGGGUUAAAAAAAAACCUCUUUGAACACAUCAACCAGAUACAUGACACAGAAAAAUUACCAAGCUCUUUGUAUA